CUCUUAUACAGUUUGUUGUGUCGGUAACAGCAAUUGUUUGAAAGUGAAUUUGCCGACUGUGGAGAAAAUCAUUUUUGUAACGUUUUAAAGCUUGAUGUAUAAACUUAAUUUAUAAAAUUUGAAACUGUUCGUAGUGCACGGGAAGAAAAUACAAGCCAAGUUUGUUUCAUGGAUAGUGAUAAUAGUGUAGUUAAAAAUUUUAGUGUUAGAACAGGAUCGCGUGAAAAAGUUUGAAUUUUACUGUAUCGAAUCUCAUUGGCUUGCACCUUUAUAGAUGUCGAAGUACUGUGCAAUGUGAUCACGUAAUGGCGGGUAAGGCGUUACAGUGGAAAUUGGUGGCGAAUCCCACUGGACCUCAGCCCCGACCGAGACAUGGACAUCGUGCAGUUGCAAUUAAAGAUUUGAUGGUCGUAUUUGGGGGUGGAAACGAGGGAAUAGUCGAUGAACUUCAUGUUUACAAUACAGCAACAAAUCAAUGGUUUGUUCCCGUGACGAAAGGGGAUGUACCCCCAGGUUGUGCAGCAUAUGGAUUUGUUGUGGAAGGAACAAGGCUUCUAGUUUUUGGGGGAAUGGUAGAAUAUGGAAAAUAUAGUAAUGAAUUAUAUGAAUUACAGGCCUCAAAAUGGGAAUGGAAAAAGUUGAAACCCAAGCAGCCCAAAUUGGGCCCCCCACCUUGCCCACGUUUGGGUCACAGUUUUACUUUAGUGAAUGCAAAAGUGUAUCUGUUUGGUGGCUUAGCCAAUGACAGUGCAGACCCUAAAAACAAUGUCCCAAGAUAUUUAAAUGAUCUUUAUACUUUAGACAUUAGAAGUAAUCCCGUACAAUGGGAUAUUCCCCAAACUAAUGGACCAGCUCCCCCUCCUAGAGAAUCUCAUACUGGCGUUGCCUACUUGGAUAAAAAGAAGGGAAGGUCCUUUUUGGUUAUUUAUGGAGGUAUGAGUGGAUGCAGAUUGGGUGAUUUGUGGUUUUUAGAAACAGAAACAAUGACUUGGUUAAAACCUCAAGUUUCUGGUAUCACUCCUUUGCCUAGAUCAUUGCACACUUCAACAUUAAUCGGACAUAGGAUGUUUGUUUUUGGUGGUUGGGUGCCUGUAGUAGCUGAUGAAGUCAAAACUGCUACAAAUGAGAAAGAAUGGAAGUGUACAAGCACAAUGGCAUGUCUCAAUUUGGAGUCCAUGAAUUGGGAUGAAUUAAAUAUUCAUGCUGAUUCAGAAGUCAGCUUACCCUGUGCUAGAGCUGGACAUUGUGCAGUUGGAAUCAGUACUAGACUAUAUAUAUGGUCUGGCCGAGAUGGAUACAGAAAAGCCUGGAAAAAUCAGGUUUGUUGUAAAGAUUUAUGGUAUUUGGAGGUAGAUAAACCUCCUGCACCAAGCAGGGUUUCAUUGGUGAAAGCUGGAACACAGUCUCUUGAAGUGAAUUGGACUGGCUCACCCUCAGUUCAGACAUAUAUUUUACAGAUACAAAAAUAUGAUUUACCACCACCAGCAGCUUCUACUUCUAAGCCUGCUCCUGUUCAAGCUCAGGCAUCAGUCCCCCCAUUGGUUAGCUCACCAAAAACAGCUCAACCAAUCUUAAGUUCACCACCCACCACUCCUAUUCCAAUCGCAAAGGCCUUACCCAAUCAAGCAAUAACACCCAAGAUUGUUACACCCAUGAAUAAAGGACCAACGCCAUUAAAGUUGAAUACUGCUGGCACAAUAAUCAGACAAGCUUCACCCCAGCAAAUAACCAGUGCUGGCAAGCAAUUGAUAGUUAAACAAGGAGGAAGCAUCAUACAAAAAGCUGGAGGUGUCCAACAACAAGUAGUGACUUUAGUUAAGACCAGUACAGGAAUGACUUUGGCAACGCUACCAAAACAAGGGAACAUUGUCCAAGGCAAGACCAAUGUACUACCUCAGCAACCUAAAAAUACUAUAGUAAAAAUUGUUCCCAGUAAUCCUUCAAAUAAAGUACUGACUACUUUAAAAACAAUUCCUUCUAAUAUGAUUCAAAUGAAUAAAGCUACAGGAAAGUUAGUACUCUCAAAGGGAGCUGCAGGUCAACUUCCAACACUAGGUAAUCAGCAAGUUCUAGUUGUUAGUUCAAAUACAGGUUUGAAGAAUAUACAAACUUUUACUAAUGCCCAAGCUGUAAACUUGGGCAAUGUAAAAACGACUUCAAUUAAUGCCCAACCUGUUGUUACUGCUUCUUCAUUAACUAGCCUUCAAGGCGUUAAAAUUGGUGGCAAACCCAUUACCAUUUCCAUGCCCAUGCAAGUAGUUGGUUCUCCCAAGACUGUUACUCUCUCCAAGAAUACUAAACAAGUCAUGAUUGGAGGGAAGCAAGUUACAGUCCAGAUGGCUACAGGAGGGAAUAAAACUUUGACUUUGGUUCAACCUAAUCAGGGCGGUGUUGGUAAAAUCGUUCGUCUGCCCAUAACUUCAACUCUAAAUCAAUCACAUAAUUCUGAGCAGCCAAAGUUGAUGGUUGUGUCACGACCCAAACAACCCACAGCAACCAUAGCUUCGACUUCAUUUGAUGGUCCAGCCACUACAGAUGCAGCGUUAGCGGCACUGGCAGCCGAAGCAGGCCUCAUAGAUCCAGAACCGGAAAAAGGUUCCAUUGUAAAAAUCGAAGGUGUUGACGUUGAUAGUGAAGUUGGAGAAAAAUCAUCAAUUGACAGCUCAGAUGAUGCUGGAGAUAUGGCAAAUGUCUCCACACCAAUGGAACCCUCUGGACUUUUGGGAGGAUCAAUCAUGCAAACACUGGGACUCAAAGGUGGUUCAAGAUUGCAAAAACCACCAAAAGGAUUUAGGUAUCGCAUGGGUUUGUUUGGUGGAAGUAAGGACCAGUUAGAGAGUGGAAUGAAGUCAUCUACAACGACUGCAGAAGCUGAUUCCACAGAAGCAACGUUGAAUGGGUCAUUAAAAGUACCGGAAAACGAUGAAAGUGACAAAAUGGAUUUGGAUUUAGACAUAAAAUCGGAGGUUCCUGAUAAUAUUAAAGGAGACGAUAGUCAUAUUGACGAAAUUUCUGAUACUAAUAAUGUAAAUGAUGAUGCUGCUGAUGCACUUGCUACAGACUCGCCAGACAUGGGAGACAAAAUGGAAGCUGACAGCGGUUUAGAGUCUUCCUUAAGCGCCAAUCUCGGAUCAAAAAUCAGCGAAAGUCUCUCGCUUGCAAACAAAAAAGAGGACAAUUCGAACGAUGAUCCUUUGGCUGCGUUGGCCUCUGCUGCCUUAGAUCAUUCUAAAGAAACAAAAAAGACUGAAAACAAUGAUUCUGAACAGCCCAUCAAGGACACUUGGUACACUGUAGGUUUCAUUAAGGGUAGUAGUUGUGAUGUACAGAGUUACUUUUUACUCAACGACGAUACAUCUGAUCUUUCAUUGGAUAAUCUAGCCGAAUUCCUGAAUUAUCCAAGAAUUAAUUUGGAGCCCGGUACUGCUUAUAAAUUUAGAGUGGCUGGAAUCAAUUCUGUUGGUCGAGGUGAAUGGAGCGAGGUAUCAGCCUUCAAGACUUGCCUGCCAGGUUUUCCGGGAGCUCCCUCAGCUAUUAAAAUUGCCAAAUCCGGUGAUGGAGCACAUUUAUCUUGGGAGCCACCAAGUGCCAAUCAAGGUGAAAUCCUUGAAUACUCCGUGUACCUGGCUGUUAGAGGAAAAGAUAAAGCCAAUCCUCCUGGACAAUUGGCAUUCGUAAGAGUAUAUUGUGGCCCAAGUAAUCAAUGUGUGGUGACCAAUACGUCUCUAUCUGCUGCCCAUCUUGAUACUACUACUAAAGCCGCAAUUAUAUUCCGUAUUGCCGCCAAAAAUGACAAGGGAUAUGGUCCUGCAACGCAAGUUAGGUGGUUACAAGAUCCGCAGUCAACAAAUAAGGCGACCAAGCGUUUACCGGAAUCUUCCCAACAACCGAGUGUGAAAAAAAUCAAGUACGAAAAGGAAGACUUGUAAAAAAAACUAUAAAUGUUAAAUAAAAAUGACAUGAGUGCUUUGUGUGUUAGACAGAAUCAAAAUAGUUUGAUGUUGGUAAAAAAUAAUGAAGGUUCUGAAUGCUUUUCUGAUCGAAAUGAUGAAAUGAAAUAUUUUAAAUCGGCAUCUCUAUGUGUACUUUACCAACAUAAAAACCUUUUUUCUUGAAAUUAAAAAGAAUGUAAAGUAGUAUUACAUACAAUAUACGGAAAUAUAAAGGGCUGCAUCUUUUUUUAUUGAAUAUUUCCGGCCCAGUUGAUAUAAUUUUUACAAGACAUUUUUAAAACGAUUACUUUAUAUAUUAAAAUUAUGUUAACUAAGUAUUUUUGAUUAAAUUGGAUAUAUACAAUGAUUAAAUUGGGCUAUACAAAGGCGAAUGCGAGUGUGCAUGCGAGCAAAAUUGAAAAAGAAGCCCGCGAAAUUUUAGUUUGCUUCUUCGAAAUUCGUUUUUUUUUUUUAUAUAUAUAUACAUAUAUGAACGUUUUCUACAGGUCCUGUUUGCCGACGGUUAUUUAUAGAACAUGCAGUUACAAAGAAUUAUACAUUUUAAGGUGCUUAGAAUAUUCUUAUACAUAGAUAAUGAACUAAUUAUGUGCGAAAUGAAUGGAAAUGAGUAAUCAGUUUUAGCGUUAUCCUGCGCUCUCGCCAGACUUUUGACUUUUCUAAUUUUCAUUAGAUUCAAAUUUAGCCAAGCUCUUUUUUUAACUUUUUAUCGUAUUGCUGCGAGUGUUUUGUUUAGUUGCGCAUGUUUUUAAAUUGAGCAACUGUGUUUAUUUUAAAUGUACUAUUUUUCUACAAUUUAGUUUUUAAUCGAGAUUGUUUAUUAUCAUGUACGUUUAAUACAUUUAUUUUAAGAAUAUAAUUAAUUACUUGAGAUGGUGUUAGAAAGUCAUUUCAACUGUUCAUAGUACUAAAAAUAUUUGUACAAUGUAUAUAUUGACAUGUAAUAUUAAUUAAAAUAAUAACGUUAAAUUAUUUUUAAUUAUUUUUAUUUGAUAAAUAGGGAAAUUACUUGUUUUCGAGAUAUAUUUUUAUCUGAAGUGGAAUCGCUCCACUUCUUCAUUGUUUUAGAGCAUCAAUAUUUGUCAGUAGGAAAACAGUUAUAUAUUUCACAGCUGGAUUAGGUCUCAUUUUUCAUUUUUUUUA